ACGUCGUCUUUCAUAUAUCGUACCAAGGCGGAUUAGCAUCGACAGUUCGAUGCCCGUUCGAAUUAGUACAUGAUAUCAUAACCGUUAAGACCAGCGACACGGCGCGCCGCGACGUGUUCGACAAAGAUCACGCGCUCACUCGAAUGAAAAAAAAAAAAAAAAAGAAAAAACUCUGAACUUUUCGGCCGGGGUAAAACUUCCUAUAACACUACCCUAGCCGUAGCGCAGUGCGUACGAUUGCGUGUGCGAGUGUGUGAAUUAUAAUUGUGAUCGCGGUACACGUAUAUUUACACGGAUUGAAACGGCGUUUUGAUAAUGAGCCGCUAUUUUCCUUCUACCGCCUCCUUCUUCCCGACGCGUCCCUCGGGAGACAAAAACGUGUUUAUACUGUCGUACGUUUGUUUUCCCGUCACCCCACCCACGCGCGCAUGACCCUCGCGGAAAAGAGUAAAUCGCGUCGUUACACCUACGCGCAAGCGGUCCUGACGCGUGUGCACGGCUACGUUAACCCCUCCGGUCCCUUCGCGUCGGUUUGUCUGAAAAGCGACCCGGCAGGGUCCGGGGGACACGUACGCUUUCAUUAUUAUAAUGAACGUUCCGGAGACCCGACGUGGGAGCGUCGCUCGUGUCGUUGUCGCGUCGCGGCGAAUUACGCGUCACCCGCCGAGCAAAGGUCGGCCGCCGUACGUGCGCGUUCCAUGUGCGUUCGCGCAACCGCUCAACUCUGCAACCCGAGAGUACAUUUUUAUUCAGACGAACAGCAGCGGAGAUAUGAGAGAAUAACAGUCACCCGCGAACCGCUCGUGCUGAUGACGAAUAUGGGUUCAACUUGUGGAUUCAAACUACAGACUUAAAUACAACACAUAAUUUACGAAGCAACAGUUCAAACACGUUUAACGCGUAAUUUAUUAUAAAUCUUGUGUAUUGUUUAGACAAUAUUUUGCUGAAGGCUCUCUGAGCCGCGAAAAAAAUGAAUAAACUAAAUAUUAGUAAAAUAAAUUAGUAUCUAUAACUUGGAAAAACUCAAAUAGCUGACAAAUAUGCUUGAUUCAAAUUAUAAUCACUGCUUGUCACUAUAUUUAUAAAAUAAUAAAUUCAAAACA